GAAAGAUUAAGGAUGCCUUUGCAUUGCCAGUAGAAGUAAGGCAAGAAUUAUGUAACGCACAAAAGAGAUUUAUUCUCCAAACAGAUAGAAGCGUGGCAAAAUUUUUAGGAUUAAAAGAUCCAGAAUUUGUAUCAUUCAUGCACAUAGUGCUAGAAAAUUACAAAACAGCUUUUCAAAAAUACUCAAGAGGUGAUAGAUUGAAUGCUAUAGAUCGAGAACUAAUUAGA